CGUGGCAAAGCAAAAUGUUUGUUGAUGAUCUUGAAUGAGCAAUGUUUUUGUGAUGUGAUUGUAUUCUUUUAUUUAAGGCCCUCGGAAAAGUUAAUUUAGUUUGAAUUACUAUUUUUUCAUUUGAAUUUUAGUUGUUUCAAAUUUUUACUGACAAAAAUAGCCAAUAGUUUACGAUGGUAGCUCUCAAAACAUGUUGGUCUCCAUGCAUAUGGAAUCCGGAUGUCAAGUCAGGCAGCCGAUGUGUGGCUGUCUAUUCAAUUGCUGCCAGUAUUAUUCUAAUCACAUUCACAGCUUAUAUGAUGAGUGGAGGGGAUUCCACCCAGAUCUACCACCCUCUCUUUGAGACUGAUGUCCGUGGAUCGAUGCAGGGGUAUGGCUGGACCUUCAUAAUUUACUUGCUUAUGCUCAUUGGUGCCUCAAUCAUGAUGGUGUACGGGAUAGACAAAACUCUCAGAGGCUUCAUGCUGCCGUGGCUCAUCCUUGUCAUGAUCCUGAUCUUCCUCCAAUUUCUCUUCAGCAUCUGGCUACUCUAUGGAUACUACAUUUAUUUGGAAAUUGUGCCGCCAGCACUGCUCAAUUGGCUGUGGAUGGGGUAUAACAUAUACUGCUGGAUGUGUGUAUACUCUCAGUAUCAGAUAAUCUACGAGAUGCAAUCACCAAACAUUGAGCUCCUCUAUCCGUAGAGUCGUAGACAAUCGCACAAUCACCUGUCAUACUCAGGGCCAACACUGGCUUGACUGCCUCGUCCACCAUGUAUCUAUUAUUGAGUUAGAUCUGUUAAGUCUUGAUACAAUCUCAUUAUAGGCUUAGUUAGUACAUUUUGUUAAGAUUUAUUGUUAGUGACAAAGUUUGUAUGAAACUAUUAUUAUACAAUUACAUUUUGUACAAUAAUACUGUAAUUCUGUAAGGUAGCAGCACAAGUUGGAGGAAUUGUAAUGAGAAAUGACUAAAUCAUUGCCAGUUAAGAGAUCAAUAAAACGUUUCUCUUGACUGGUAUGCACACAUUACAUACUGUUAAUAAUGGGCUGGUUCAGAUAUAGAUAUCUUAGUCGAUGUAUCAUUUGAAAGUAGGCUAUACCCAUUGAAAUUGGUCUGUUAUUUGUUCUUUGUAAUAUGAGAAAGUGUUAAACGACAAUUUGUGAUACUAAAAACAGUUUAAAAAAAUCAUAACUCGAAUGUCUAGUUGUAAGUAUCCUCAUUAACAUUAAUCAUAUCAACGCUUUCUUGUUUACUUGAGAACACAUGUUCACUCUUUAACUAAUUUUAUGUAGUAGUGUAAAGAAAAGAGAAACCAUGCAAUAUUGCAAUUUUGUUUCAGUAAUGAAACUUUUGCAAUAAGAACCAAUCAAACUCCUGUAAUUUUGUUAUAAUUUAUUGAAACGAUGCCUUAGGAUUAUGAUAUUGCUAUGAAAUAUUUUCUCUAAGUAAAUCUGACAAAAUUAUAAAUUCCACUAUUUUUAAAUAUUGUUUGUCAGUUUAUUUACUAUCACCUUUGCUUGUUUACUCUAUAUUAUUUGUUAGCUUGUCAUACUACAUCACUUUGUGGUAUUAAGAUGAUAAUUGUAAUAUUUUAUCAGUAUUAGCAUUAAUUUGUUUUUAUGAAUGUUUUAUUGAAGAUGAAAGAGUAAUUUUUUUAUUGUAAAUUGUUUGUUAUACUUAAAUAGUAUAAUAUUAUGUAUGUUUUAUUUUUAGCCAGGAUAUGUAAUAUCACUGCAAAGAAAAUAAUAUGAUUCCGUCCAUUUCUUGUUCAAACAUAAGACUAGAUUAAUUAUAAGCCUUGAACAAUUUUAUAUUAACGGAGAUCUCUAAAUGUUUUACUACUUGACUUUUUCACUUUUAUUCCAUCAAUUUUAUUAUAUUAUAUUUGGUACUGUUCAUAAUUAUAGUAGCUUUUGUAUUAAACUUUUAGUUGUUAAGUGUUAAUAUUUAUUAAAGAUAUCAAGUAAAAAAGUG